UUGAAAAAAAGUAGCUCGAGAGAUAGAGAAGUAGGACGAAGAAGGCGAAAGUGAAAGAAGAAAGAAAAUUAAGUCAUUAGCUACUAAACAACUCUUUCACAACGAAACAAGGAAAAAAAAAAGAAGAAGAUGAGAGCUUUAGAAGAAUCUAAGAUCUCUAUUGUUUUGUUGCUUUUUUGCUUCUCAAUCUUUGCCACUUUCAGCCUCCAGGCAAAUGAGCUAACAUCCCCCUCCUCUAAAGAAGAAGGAGAGGUGAGAAUGGUGCCAUUAAUGGAGGAGAAGUUUAUGGUAAUGAAUGAAACAAGAAGGAAGCUUGGGAGUUUCCAGAUAUGUUCAGUUUGCACUUGUUGUGGAGGUGCAAAAGGAGUUUGCCUGCCUUUACCUUGUUGCUUUGCAAUUAACUGCAAUAUCCCAAAUAAACCCUUUGGUUAUUGCUCCUUCACUCCCAAAUCCUGCAAUUGCUUUGGUUGCCAUAGCUGAGAUCUUUCCUUUUGGGGCAGAGAGGAAGAAUAAACCAACAUCUUGAUUUCAUAUGCAAAGUGUGAAAGGGAAGAAAAAAGGAAUAUGUGUUCUUGGUUUGGUUCUUUAUUUUUAUUUUUUUGUUUAUAAUUUUAUUUUCAGUCUUCUCUAAAUUUCAUUACCUACUAUCUUCAGCAACAUCAUCAUCCUCAUUAAUUAAUUAUCUUUUUGCAUUGCCAUUCUGAUAAAAAAAUUAGGGUCUUUUAUGGAAGAUCUCACCCACACUUCAAGCUAGAUUUGUUUUUCCUUUUCUCUUCAAUCAAUUUCUCUAUCUGUUUUCUCCGAUUUGUUUCCCAUUUGUUAAGAUUUUUACUUGUGCUCUUGUAGCAUAUUUUAGUCAUUUUUUUGGUUAAGUUGGGGAUUGUAAGAAUAUUAAUAUGACGAUGAUGGUGUUGAUGGUAGUGAUGUUGAAACUGCUAAGUUUAAGCCUUUGUGAUGAGUGAUGUGGAAAUUAUUAAGAAGGAUCAAGUUUAAUGCGCUGUUCUGAUCUUAUAAGAUCUAAGUGGUUGUUUUAGUAUUUUUGUUUAUUAAAAGAUGAAACAAAGUAUCUUUUACGUUAAAGACAAUUAUUCAUCU